AUGAGCGUGUUAGACCGCUUCCCGCACUCGACCGCGGAACUGAAACGGGUGAAAACCGUUCAGUUUGGCGUUUUAUCGCCGGAUGAAAUCGUGAGUUUACUUGUCUUUCUUUCUCUUAAGGAAAUGAUUUGGAGGGAAAAUCGAGUGAUCAUCAUCGGCCGACAAAUUGAUGAUUUCAAAGCGCGAUUCUUUCUUUUUCUCUCGUCCUGUCGCGGGGUGUUCUCUCGGUCGAGCAGUCGUGUUGAUCUUUCGCUCGCGCGGUACGCGCUGGCGAGACGAUAUCGAAAUGCUCGAAAGAAGAUUUCACACGCGUGGCUCCUCUUCUGCGCGUGGAAACACUCUUAA